GCCGUGACGCGCGUGCUCAGCGCCGCGCCCGAGCUGCCCGACACGCCGCUGCCCGCCGGCGUCGCCUUCCAGCGCGUCGCGCUGCUCGACGCCCCCUCCGAGGACCUGGCGCCGCACCUCGACGCCGCCGCCGACGCCAUCGAGCAGGAGCGGCUGUCGGGCGGGCGCACGCUGGUGCACUGCGUGGCGGGCGUGAGCCGGUCUGCGGCGCUGUGCCUGGCGCACCUGGUCAAGCACUGCGGGCUGCCGCUGCGCGCCGCCUUCGCGCACCUGCGCGCCCGCCGCCCCGCCGCGCGGCCCAGCGCCGCCUUCUUCCGCCAGCUCAUCGACUUCGAGCGCGCCGCGCUGGGCGCCGCCUCCGUCGCCAUGGUGCGCCACCCGGCCGCGCCCGGCGCCCUCAUCCCCGACGUCUACGAGCCCGACUACCGCCACACCGUCUGGUUCCAGCAGCACUGCGCCGGCCGCGCUUUCGGCAGGCACUGACGCCGAACGCGCAGCACAGCCGCGCUGGAGCCUCUCGGUGGACGUGGCAGACACUUCAAGGUGUCGCUGGAGCCUUUACUCUGACUGUCCGAGAGGCCUAGUGUUGUCGACAGCCGCAGCAGUGCCCAACGACAAUAUCCGGAGGGUGUGUCGAGGAGUGAGGGCUACCUGUCUGUACCUGCAGUACCCGCCAUGACUGGGCCUACGACUACCUUAAACAUUACUUUCCGUCAGGGAGGACUUACUCAAUAUGUGAGGAAUCUACAGCAGUCUCCUGAUCGAGCAUCAGCGGUGCAGUGCCAACGAAGUACAAUGAAAUCGUUGGAGACCGCACCUUAACUGAAUUGUCCAGGAAUACUGGUACAAUGUGCACAGUUUAAUAACAUCUACAGCAGAGCCUUGUUCGUUGCCGUAUUAGGCACCACGGGCAAUGGAUAUUGAUGAGAACGUGAUAUAUAUUUUCACUAUUCACGGCAAUUUAAUAUGUUCCCAUAAUCCAAUCUCACUAGUGAACGAUUGUAUGUACACGAUGAAUCCGGUUGGGAUGGAAACUCUUAUUUUCUCUAUGAGUGGGUCUACCACGGCUCCGCCAACACUCUCACCAAAGUAUUACCCACAAUGCGCUUAUUCUGGCUACCGAUGAUAUCUACUAUGUCCUCUCGGUCAAGUAACGCCAGAGUAGUGGCAAACUCCAGCACUCGAAUCAAUUCAGAGGAAGUGCUUUCUCUUUCCAUAAUGUCUACUAAUUUAAUGUUGUGUUCAUCCCAGCCAGCUGAAAUCGUUUCGACUUAGCACUAAUUUCGUGGUUUGUGUGCUUGUAAUACAGGGGUAACGGGAAUAAGUGCUGAUAUUUCUGUUGGUUACUGAGGCAAAUAUCUGUACUGACCUCAUUUAAAGUCUUACAGUUACAGCCAUUACAAGUCGUGUGUUUUUAGUUUCGUUGGUACCACCAUGUACGUGAGGCCAGAGCCAACCAUUAACGCCUAUUUUUCCCUGAGCAGUGGACGCAAAGUGGUAAGUCUAUACCGACAGGCGUAAUCCACUUACAGGCACAGUUACGACCGUACAGAAAACAUAAGAUCGUAAAGUUUGCAACAUGUUUGUGGGAAGACUGAUCGAUGAAAAGAAAAAACAGCCGACACACUGAUGUGUGUACAUAUUAAGACGCCACAUGUAAACAAUCGGCACUUAUAUACUCAUUACACCCUGUAUAUGCAAAAACCUUUCAUUCCGUCCCACGAGGUUCACUGAAUGUCUUUUAGACCUUUGCAUCCCGUAAAAUUCACUGGAAAGUGAAAUACUACAUGUCAGAAACCAUCGACGAAAUCACGGGGAAAGGCGUAAAAUAAUAUGGUCGUCUGAUCCAUGUUACAGUAUCACCGUCAGCCACGUACAUCGGAGUCGUGUGACAGAGAAAUACUACGCAAAUUACUCAUAAAAUAACCACUUUAUUUCAGAUGACUGAAUUACUGUCAGCAGUUAGCACUGAUUACAGACGCUACCCACAGCAAUAUACCUUUGAGCUAUACCUUGUAUUCAUUUUUCCAGCUUUUGUUCUCCUAGGCUGAUGCUAGGCCUCCUAUUUACAACAGUAAACUGCGACACCAAUAUUAAAAUGCUAUGAAGACAGUGAAAAAAGAUUAGUCACGUAAAAGACAUCUCUAGCGAAGUGUGUCACCAUUUUCAGUGUAACAUAUCAGACGCAUUGUCUCUCCUGAUCCACAUUAUUAGGCAAUCGGUUUUCCAACUAAAUGAAAGUUAUAAUGUCCAUUUUUUGUAGCAGAAUGUGCCUUCAUUUUUCUGCUUGUUCGAAUGUUUAAUAUGAACUAAGAAACAUAUAGCUGGUGAGAAGACUUUGUCACUGCAUAAGGUUUACACACUUUCUGUGAAACGUGUUAUUGAAUCAUUGACAAAUGUAUUGAUCAAACUGAAUGUAGAUUCACAAUGUCGAAUGUUUUUUAACUGGUUGAGCCAAGUCAUUAAUAGCGUUUAGAAUGUAUGACGUGAAAUUCAGCCUAGUUAAAACCAUUGGAUGUAAAAGACAGUGACUUCUGUCGACAUAAACAUGCAUCUUAAGAUUGGCAGUAACAAAAUACAAAAGGUCGAAAGAGAAAUAUGAUAAAUCUCCUGUUACUCUACACAUUUUAGGUGAUCUACAUAAAUCAUUUUUGUAUCAUUUUGCCAGAGUAACUCAACGACAGAAUCUUUUUGUGUCUGUGCAAAGCAGACUGAUUCAUUUGCUACUACUUUAUAUGAUGGGCAACCAUCUUUAGCGAAACAUUUCUGCCUGUGAUGGGAGUAGUCAAGGAUACUCUCAUGAACGAUUGACCUUGAGUGAAUAUUUGAGCGAAACUGAAACUGGCUUUAGUGAAGUAUCUGCACUCCAGUAAGCAAGAUUGGUGUGUUAUUUUUAUAACUCAAAAGAAUUUCAGAGGUGUUCCUUCACAGAUUUUCUGAAAUUCUUUCACUAAUGGCCUUUGUGGGCAUACUGUAGCUUUCUUUAUCUUAUACAAGUGAUUUGCCAAUAUUUGGCAGAAGCACAUUCCGAGGUAUCUACUUCUUGAUGUAGUUAUUAUAAGAUACUAAUAAUAUUUGGUAUUCCAGUUGUAGAAGUUUUUUCACAUUUGUUUGUAUUCUAAC